AUGCGCUUGGGUUUAUGCCUGGCCUUAGUGGCCGUGUGCUUUGGACUUGAUCGCGAUGUUGGCUACUUGAUGACAAGGGAUAUCCAGGAAGCCGCUAAUGGACAACUCAGAUGUUUUGUCGGUAUUGUCACCCCAUAUAAUAACACGUCCAUCGGGACAGAAGUAUUCUGCAAUGGUCUUUGCGGUUCAGUCUCAACAACUGCCGGCGGCUAUAAUUUCACCUCAUACAAUUGUUUUCCAACAAGUUUCUGCAGUGCUGCUGGACUAAAUGAAACCUGUACAACGGUGUUCACCGAUCGAGAUCUGACCGGAUGUUGUUGUGGAACAGAUAAUUGUAAUGUUGCUGGAAAAAAUAUUAAUACGACCAUACCAAUUGCACCACCAGUGGAACCAAUCGCCUGUUAUUCCGGUGUCAGUAUCAAUGGGGUCACUCAAGCUGGAUCCGAUUGGAUUGCUUGCCAAGGUGACUGUAUCUCAAUUACAAUCAACACAACUUUGAACAGUAAUCCGAUGGUUGGCUCCAUCUACGCCUGUGAUCCUACGUCUGUUUGUAGCGCACUAAACAUUGUGAACCGUUGCCACGAUAUCGAGCCCGGAAUUGUACGAGGAUGUUGUUGUACAACAGACGCUUGUAUCAAUCCUACUAUGAAUCCUCCUAAGGAACCACGAGGACCCCUAGCAUGUUAUGUUGGACUGUAUUCGAAAGCCGCAAAUAUCUCAGUAGGACAAGAGGUUUUCUGUGAUGGACAAUGUGCCAGUCUUUCAUCGACGGUUGCCGGAGGCGACAUUGUUGUUUUCGAAUGUGCGCCAAAAGAAGCUUGCCAAGCGCUUACUCUUUACAACGAUUGUGCUACGGUCACUGCUGAUCGCGAUAUUACCGGAUGUUGUUGUGAUAAUGUGAACAACUGUAACGCUGCGAAUUAUUCACUUGGACAGCCGAGGCCACGAUACGAAGGCGAUUUCCCGGUCGCCUGCUUCUCUGGAAUUCGUGUGAACGGUCGAUUUAUCACACCACCGAAAUGGGCAGCAUGUCUCGGCGAUUGUGCGUCCGUAAUGAUUAACACCACUAUGGCGAUGGGACCAAUGAGCGCUGAAAUCUUCACCUGUGAUCCGGCAUCGGUUUGCAAUCAACUAGGCAUGGUAAACAAUUGUACAACAGUUGAACCUGGUGUAAGUGGAUGUUGCUGUUCUUAUGAUGCUUGUCUCGAUCCUACACGCUAUCCAAAUAAGUAUCCGGGAAAUCCGCUCAAAUGUUACAUUGGUUUCAAAAGCACAUACAAUGGAGGUAUAAGCGUUGGAUCGGAGGCUUACUGUAAUGGAAUGUGUGGAUCGUUGAGUACGGUUGUGAAUGGAGAUAACGUCACCACCUAUAUGUGUACACCAAGGAGUAUUUGCAGGCAAUUGGAAUUGUACGACGAGAUAAAACGAUUACCAUUAGAUCGUGAAGUGUUGGCUUUAUGUUGUGAUAAUUUCAACAAUUGCAAUGUUCGCGAUCCAAGCAUAAACACUUCGAUUCCGGUACGACGUCUUCCAGAAUUCCCAAUCACUUGCUAUGGUGGAAUUCAAGUGAACAACAUUUGGGUUACAAACGCUGGAUGGCAAUCGUGUAAUGGUGACUGCGCAUCGAUAAACAUUAUCACCACCUUCAAUGGAACAGUACAGAAUCUCAACGUGUACACGUGCGAUCCAUCUGCGGUUUGUAAAGGACUAAAUAUGACGAACACUUGUGCGACCCUUGAGCCAGGAGUAGGCGGAUGCUGUUGCAACACAAAUGGUUGUAUUGAUCCAACCAAAAGCCCAGCAAAGAGUCCUGCUAACCGACUACAGUGUUACGUCGGAUUGUAUGCCGUAAAUGCUGGCAUUAAUGUGGGAGCAGAGGUCUACUGUAAUGGAAAAUGCGCUUCGAUGACGGGAAGAAUCAACGGUGACGAUGUGACGACUUUCCAAUGUGUUUCCACGAGCAUAUGCAGAUCGCUUGAACUCGACGACGCUUGUAUGCGUCUUCCAGGAGAUCGUGAGAUCCGAGCAUGUUGUUGCGAUAACACGAAUAGUUGCAAUGUUCCACUGGCAAAUAGAAGCGGCAUCAUAAUUCCAACUGGAAGCCCGGUUGUUGAGGCGCCUAUUUCAUGCUGGACUGGAAUUUAUCUGAACGGAUCCCCACUCACUGAAGUCGGAUACCAAGUUUGCAAUGGAGAAUGUGCAUCGCUCACAAUGAACACCACCGCCAAUGGUCAACCACAUAGCGCAUCAUUUUAUAUGUGCGACCCAACAUCAGUUUGCAGGGCUCUCGGUAUUGUCAAUACAUGUGCUACGAUCGAGCCUGGAGUAGGAGGUUGUUGUUGCAACACAGAUUCCUGUAUUUUCCCGCCUUCCAGGUAUCCUGGACCUCCUCUUCAAUGUUAUGUUGGGCUAUACGCACCAGACGCAGGAGUAAAUGUUGGAUCAGAGGUGUACUGCAAUGGUCAGUGUUCGUCGAUUUCUGCAAUCGUGGCUGGGGGCAAUGUGACCAGUUACCAAUGCUCUCCGGCUAGUAUUUGCAAGAGUCUUGGAAUUUAUAACGCCUGCUAUAGUCUUCCCGGAGAUCAAGCAGUCACCGCAUGCUGCUGCGACAGCAGCAAUAGUUGCAACGUCGGAAACAACCCUAAUAUCACAGCUUCUCCUACACCACCUCCAAGCCUCGAAUUCCCAAUCUCUUGCUGGAAUGGCAUCUACGUCAAUGGAAUGCCGAUCACCAAUGCCGGAUUCCAAUCUUGCAAUGGUGAAUGCGCUUCGGUGACCCUACAAACCAUCCUAAAUGGUACCCAACAGACUGCGACCGUAUAUACAUGUGAUCCUACCGCGAUGUGUCAAGCACUCAACAUGAGCAACGGCUGUGCGACGGUGGAAAAUGGACUUAGUGGAUGUUGUUGUAACACAGAUGCUUGCCUUACCCCUAAAAAGACACCUGGAAAUCCUCUUACUUGUUACGUUGGAAUCAAUGCACCGAAGACAAACAUUAACAUCGGAGCCGAGGUUGUUUGCAAUGGAAUGUGCGCUUCACUCAACGCAAUGGUGAACGGAGACAACGUGACCGCUUUCGAAUGCGUGCCCACAAACGUUUGCAAGUCUCUCUCCGCUUAUAACUCCUGCAACUCGCUUCAAGGCGAUCGUGAAGUGACCGGAUGCUGCUGUGACAGUCCAAAUGCAUGUAAUGUUGCUGCUUAUCCAAAUAUUGUACCACCCACUCCCGCUCCUAACACCGAUUUCCCAAUCUCAUGUUGGUCUGGAAUUUACGUCAAUGGAAAUGCUUUGUCUAAUCCUGGUUUCCAAUCUUGCAAAGGACAAUGCGCUUCUCUUACCUUGGUUACCGCAGCGUUUGGACAAACGCAUAACGCCACCUUGUACACGUGCGAUCCGACAUCAGUCUGUAGAAGUUUGAAUAUGAGCAAUCAAUGCGUCACAAUUGAAAGUGGUACGGGUGGAACUGGAGUAAGUGGAUGUUGCUGCAAUACUGAUGCUUGCCUAACUCCAAAGAGGACACCAGGAAAUCCUCUUCAGUGUUACGUUGGUCUGUAUGCACCAAGUGUAGGAGUCAACACGGGAUCAGAAGUUUUCUGUGACGGUAUGUGUUCUUCGUUAACCGGUAUUGUCAACGGAAGUAGUGUCACGACGUUCCAAUGCAUUCCAACAUCAGUUUGCAAAUCCCUUGGAGUAGAUAAUGCCUGCAGUGGGCUACCAGGAGAUCGUGAUGUGUCGGGGUGCUGUUGCGACUACAAGAAUAGCUGUAAUGUCGAACUCUCCAACAUUACUAACAUAAAUCCACCCACAGCUCAGCCAAGCACCGAAUUCCCAAUUUCUUGUUGGUCUGGAAUCUAUGUGGAUGGAAACCCUAUUACCAAUGCUGGCUACCAGUCGUGCCAAGGAGAAUGUGCAUCAGUGAGCCUCCAAACUUCGCUCUCAGGAGUCCCGCACAGUGCUACCAUCUAUACGUGUGAUCCUUCAUCUGUCUGCCAAUCUCUAAACAUGAGUAACAACUGUGUGACUAUCGAACCAGGACUAUCUGGAUGUUGUUGCAAUGAUGAUGCAUGCUUAACUCCUAAGAAGUCACCUGCAAAUCCUCUCACUUGUUAUGCGGGUAUUCGCGCUCCAAAGAGCGGAAUUAAUGUUGGAGCUGAGGUGAACUGCACAGGAAUGUGCUCGACUCUUAAUGCAAUAGUGAACAACGAUAAUGUCACGACCUUCCAGUGUGUACCACUCAGUGUUUGCAAAGCUUACGCAGCCGACAAUGGUUGUUCAACACUUCGAGGUGACCAAGAAGUGACAGGAUGUUGUUGUGAUACAUCCAACGGAUGCAAUGCUGCUGGCUAUCCUGAUAUCGUUAUACCCACACCUCUGCCAAGACCAGAAUUCCCUAUCUCUUGCUGGUCAGGUAUCUACGUAAAUGGAAAAGCUCUAUCUAAGCCAAGUUUCCAAUCUUGUAACGGAGAAUGCGCCAGUUUAUCUUUGACCACAACCCUAUUAAAUCAAACCCAUAACGCUGUCAUGUACGCUUGUGAUCCCACAAGUGUAUGUAAAUCUUUAGGUGUGGUGAACAAUUGUACCACACUCGAGCAAGGAGCUCUCACCGCAUGUUGCUGUAAUACAGACGCAUGUGUGACUCCAAGAAAAACUCCUGGUAAACCGCUAAUGUGUUACGUUGGUCUCAUUGCUAAGAACGGUACCGUCAAUGUGGGAGCAGAGGUCGCCUGUGAUGGUAUGUGCUCAUCGUUGAAUGGAAUUGUUAAUGGCGAUAAUGUGACGUCAUUCCAGUGUGUGCCACAAAAAGUUUGCAAAUCUUUGUUGAACACGAAUGGAUGCGCAACACUUCAAGGAGAUCGUGAGAUUACCGGCUGCUGUUGUGAUUACAGAGACAGUUGUAACGUAUACCAGUUGAAUAGAACAGAUAUCACUAUUCCCACUGCCAGCCCGUAUACAGAGUACCCAAUAUCCUGCUGGACUGGAAUUUAUGUGAAUGGAGCACCAUUUACUGACGUUGGAUUCCAAACUUGCAAUGGCCAAUGCGCCUCGUUGACCCUUAACACCACUCUGGGUAACGUUGCACAUACGGCUUCGGUAUACAUGUGUGAUCCAACUGCAGUUUGCAAAGCUCUCGGCAUGACCAAUCAGUGUACGGUUAUUGAACAAGGUCUGAGCGGUUGCUGUUGUAACACUGAUGCAUGCAUUUACCCGCUAAGAAACAGGAAUCCUGGCAACCCUCUUCAAUGCUACGUUGGACUGUAUGCUCCUAAUGCCAACAUAACUACCGGAGCAGAGGUGGCUUGCGAUGGUCAGUGUUCAUCGCUCAGUGGAAUUGUGAACGGAGACAACGUUACAACAUUCCAGUGUGUCUCAUUAGGCGUGUGCAAGAGUCUUGAAAUAGACAACACCUGCAGAUCGCUGCCAGGAGAUCGCGCUAUAAACGCUUGCUGCUGUGACAGCGGCAACAGUUGCAAUCUUGCUAACUUUACGAUCCCUUCACCAACAGUAUCACCCGUUUCUGAGUAUCCAAUUUCGUGCUGGAGUGGUGUGUACGUGAACGGAAACCCCGUCACGAACGCAGGAUUCCGUACCUGUUUCGGUGAAUGUGCUUCGAUCACCCUUCAGACCAACACCACUUCAAUUCUGAAUAACGCGACGAUCUAUACUUGUGAUCCCACAUCAGUUUGCACAACCUUAGGCAUAACCAACCAGUGUACGACAUUUGAGCCAGGACUAAGUGGGUGUUGCUGUAACACUGACGGUUGCCUUACUCCACAGAAGACCCCUGGAAAUCCACUGAUUUGCUACGUUGGUAUGUAUGCGAAGGGCGGCCUUAUCAACACCGGAGCUGAGGUGCCCUGCAAUGGAAAGUGCUCCUCCUUACGCACAACGGUGAACAAUGAUGACGUUACAACGUUCCAGUGUAUUCCAACCAGUGCUUGCAAGUAUUUGGCGAUAAACAACGGUUGCACAAAAUUGUACGGCGAUAGGGAAGUAACCGCAUGCUGUUGCGAUAAUUCCAACGCUUGUAACGUUGCAAACAGAACUGAGAUCACCCCACCACCUCCUUCCCCAGUUUCUGAGUUCCCCAUUUCUUGCUGGUCUGGAGUAUAUGUGAAUGGCACUGCUAUCACUAAUGCCGGAUUCCAAACCUGCUAUGGAGAAUGUGCGUCAGUUUCAAUUACGACACAAGUCAACUACGCAACCCACACUGCAACUAUUUACACAUGUGAUCCUACAUCCGUUUGUAAUUCUCUGGGCAUGAUUAACAACUGUAUGACCAUUGAAUCUGGAGUACGGGGUUGCUGCUGUAACACCGACGGUUGCCUUACACCUAAAAAGCAACCAGGAAAUGUUCUAUGGUGUUACGUCGGACUUUAUGCAAACAACUCUGGAGUCAAUGUUGGAGCAGAGGUUGCCUGUGACGGUCAAUGUUCUUCACUAACUGGAACAGUAAACAAUGACAUCGUAACAACAUUCCAAUGCAUUCCUACCAGCAUUUGCAAGUCCUUGGGUGUCGAUAAUGCCUGCCAGCCAUUACCAACCGAUCGCGAUGUACAGGGAUGUUGCUGCGAUAGUGGAAAUAGCUGUAACCUCUAUCAACUCAACAGAACCGACAUUGACAUACCAUCUCCAGCCCCAAUGAGCGAAUUCCCAAUUUCUUGUUGGACGGGGGUGUACGUUAACGGAAAUGCGAUCACCACCGCUGGAUAUCGGUCAUGCUAUGGUGAAUGCGCCAGUGUUACAAUCCAAACUCCUGUCAACAACCAGCUGAAUAAUGCCACAAUCUUCAUGUGCGAUCCGACAUCUGUUUGCCAAAAUCUUAAUAUGUCGAACGCGUGUGCCACCGUUGAGCCUGGACUUUCUGGAUGUUGCUGCAAUACCGAUGCUUGCCUCACUCCAACAAAGUCCCCAGGAAACGACCUCAUCUGUUAUGUAGGAAUUUACUACGAGAAGGACAGUUACUCGGUCGGAUCAGAGAUGAAAUGUAACGGCAACUGUGCCUCGCUGCAGACAACUUUCGCUGGCAAAAUGAUAAAGUCCUACCACUGUGCCCCUAUUUCUGUUUGCAAAGCUCUCGCACUUGAUAACGCCUGUGGCCCUGUGUACAAGGACAGUGAUGUGACUGGAUGCUGUUGUGAUUCCUCUUCCAACUGUAAUGUUAAGGAACCGAUUUCCACUAACAAUACGGUUCCAGCGUUCACCGGCACUCCCAUCGCAUGCCAAUCAGGUAUUUAUGUGGAUGGUGCUGCCCUAACCACAGACAACACUUUUAUCGCUUGCAAAGGACAAUGUGCCAAGAUAUCGUAUGCAACCAACAUGACCGGCGUCCAACAUACCCUCGAUUUGUACGCCUGCGAUCCAGCUAGUGUAUGCUCAGGAUUAGGCUUAUCAAAUAGUUGCCAAUCGAUUGAUGGCACGUCGGUAUCUGGAUGCUGUUGUAACUAUGAUGGUUGCGUCACACCUUCCGUUACACCAACACCACCAACAGGAGGAUCAGCAUCGCUCACGUUAUUCACGACGUUCAUCGCGGCUGUAUAUACAAUUUUAAGGCAGUAG